AUGGCCGUCGACAACCKACAGCAACCCCAGUUCAGCCCUAUCGGCUACGAGCAGAUGAGAUACUCCAACGCACCGCAGUUUACGAAUCCUUGGGUGUCUGGAGCUUCCAACCAGAGUCAGGCGUAUGCCACCUCGAUGCCUCAUGGCACCGACUCUCGCUACGUCCAGACACCCAACGUUUCUGCUGCGUACGCUGGUGGCCAAGUCUCCGCUCCCGCCAUGGCAUCAGAUGCCAUGAGUGCUCCCAGACCGUACGGUGCUUCCUACUCAUCCGCAGCACCACCUGCAGCGACAUAUGCUCCCACGUCUGCCCCACAGUACGCGUCUGCAUAUGGAUACCAAGGAGACAGGCGCUCUUCGCACCCAAUGAACUCGGCCUCGGAAGCAGAGCGCCAAAGUUUCAGUGAUGCACUCGAUGCCAGUCGGGGCAUGGUUGCAAUGAGCCAGUCAGACAUUACCCCACGCAACAUCUACGGUGCCUCCAGCGCAGGCAGACCUACGACAGACGCCUACGGCUUUCCAAAUGGUCAUUCCUCCCACUCUUCGAUCUCGUCGGCCAGCACCUACCCGACCUAUUACAACAGCUCCGUCAGCGACGCCUCCGUGGGUGAUUACAGUUCCGCCAACGAAGAAAUGACAAACUCGCGGACACUUCCCAGACCCCACGGCCUUCCCAAUGGAAGCAUGCCACCAGCACCACAGUCCAUGAUGAACCAGUUCAGUUCCAAGGUUUCAUCCAGCUCGCAAAAGAAGCACAAGUGUAAAAUCUGCGACAAGCGGUUCACCCGCCCGAGUUCAUUGCAAACUCACAUGUACAGUCACACCGGAGAGAAGCCAUUUGCAUGUGAUGUCGAUGGCUGUGGCCGCCACUUCUCUGUCGUCUCCAACCUCAGGAGACAUCGUAAAGUCCACAAAGGCGAGGGCACCGAUCCCACAUCCCCCGAAGAGGACGAAUGA